GUGGGCUCGGCACACAGAAGUCGGCUUCCUGGAGUCCUCCAAGUGGACGCGAGCCGCUUUGGCGCCGUGGGGCCUGGAUGGCGGGGAAGAAGAACGUGCUGUCGUCGUUAGCAGUGUACGCGGAGGAUUCAGAGCCCGAGUCUGAUGGCGAAGGGGGAGUCGAGGCGGCGGGCAGCGCGGCUGAGGAGAAAGGAGGGCUGGUAUCUGAAGCCUACGGAGAAGAUGACUUUUCUCGUCUCGGCGCUGACGAAGAUGGUUAUGAAGAAGAAGACGAUGAAAACAGCAAACAGUCGGAAGACGACGAUUCAGAGACCGAGAGACCUGAGGCUGAUGACCCAAAGGAUAUCGCUGAGGUAGAAAAGCGAGACCCCCAGGAGUUAGUAGCCUCGUUUUCUGAAAGAGUCCGGAACAUGUCACCUGAUGAAAUCAAGAUCCCUCCAGAGCCCCCUGGCAGGUGUUCAAACCACUUACAGGACAAGAUCCAGAAGCUAUAUGAGCGGAAGGUCAAGGAGGGUAUGGACAUGAACUACGUCAUCCAGAGGAAGAAGGAGUUUCGGAACCCCAGCAUCUACGAGAAGCUGAUCCAGUUUUGUGCAAUCGAUGAACUCGGCACCAACUACCCAAAGGACAUGUUUGACCCCCACGGCUGGUCUGAGGACUCCUACUAUGAGGCACUAGCCAAAGCCCAGAAGGUGGAAAUGGACAAACUGGAAAAGGCCAAGAAGGAGCGAACAAAAGCUUAUUGCAGGGACGUGUCUGCAGCGCCUGGGGACCGGAGCUGUCCUUCCCCUGUGCGGGCGGGCACCGCCUCCUCCUGGAUUGAGUUUGUGACGGGCACCAAGAAGGGCACCACUACCAGCACCACGGCCACCACCACCAGCACUGCCAGCACGGCCGUCGCAGAUGCCCAGAAGAGGAAGAGCAAAUGGGACUCGGCCAUCCCCGUGACGACGAUCGCCCAGCCCACCAUCCUGACCACCACCGCCACCCUGCCCGCCGUCGUCACAGUGACCACCAGCGCCAGCGGUUCCAAGACCACCGUCAUCUCCGCGGUGGGCACCAUCGUGAAGAAGGCCAAGCAGUGACCAGCGGAGAGACCCCUACUGGACUUAUAAACUAUUGCCACUGGGGGUGGAGGUGGAGGUGGCGGGACCCCACUGUGUGGCAGAGCUGGGGCCUGCGCGCCCCGGCCACCCCCCAGGAAGAGCCCAGGCAGGGCUGGCUGCCCAGCUGCCUAGAGACUGCACCUGUGCGGGCUUCUCCCAAUUAAACAUGCUGCCCUCUGA